AGUGUUCGUAAAUGCGUGUGUUGUCGCAGUUUCAACAGUCUGCUUUGUGAGCAGCAACGGUAGCAGACGUCAGACCACGAAAAGACAGAAUUGCAGCCAUGGCGCAGGGUCUGAAGGAUAGAUUUGACCGGUUUCUUCACGAGAAAAAUCUGAUGACUGAUGUUUUGGCCAAAAUCGAGACGAGAACUGGAGUCAACAGGACGUACAUCGCUUUGGCUAUCAUCGCCGUCAUCGCUGUGUACCUGGUCAUCGGUUACGGAGCCUCCCUUCUCUGUAAUCUUAUCGGCUUCUUGUACCCUGCCUACAUAUCGAUUAAAGCCAUUGAAAGUGCCACCAAAGAGGACGAUACCAAGUGGCUGACCUACUGGGUGGUCUAUGGACUCUUCAGUGUAGCAGAGUUCUUCGCUGACAUCUUCCUGUCCUGGUUCCCAUUCUACUAUAUUGGCAAGUGUGCUUUCUUGGUGUGGUGCAUGGCACCGACUCCUACCAAUGGAUCCGUCCUAAUUUAUAACCGCAUCAUUCGACCGUUUUUCCUCAAAAAUGAAGCCAAGAUAGAUGAUGUGGUGAAGAACCUCAAGGACAAGGCUUCAGAUGCUGCUGACAAGAUCAAGGAUGAGGCCAAAAGAGCCACAGCCAACAUUAUGUUCGAGGAAAAGAAGAGCACCUAGGCAGACUAUCCACUGUCUCUCCCCUCUGAAGCUGAAACUGGUCCAAAGGAAAUGUUGCCUUUGUUUUGUCUGUUUUAUGAUGAUGCUCUGCUCAGUUUAACCUGGUCCUCAGGGCCAGUCUUUAGGUAUUUUAUCAAAUCAUGCAUCAAACAGGAAGCCAUUUCCAAAUGUCAUUUUACUUUUUAACUGUGCCUUGUGGAGAGCUGUCGAAGAAUUAUGUGGUGAACCCUAAUGUUCCUAUAACCGAAUAAAAGGAAACCUGCUCCUAUUGUUCCUCUGACUGACUAUUUAAUAUUCUUUUAUCACAAGGGUGAACCCAUCUCAACAGGCUUCUUUAGAUUAGCUAGACGUUACAUGUUUAUCAACACUUAGUUUCUUGUCAUUAUUUUUGCUUUUGUCCUUUUUUUCUGUAAGAUAAAGUGUCAGUUUUCAUGAUGAUAAAAUUAGGUGUUGAUUGAAGGUUUUUUGAAGUCACAGAUCAGUGUUUGCCAAAGUGAGGGGUGCCCCCCCUUUAGGUACAUCAAUUAAUUGUUAUCAUUUAUGUGUGACAGUGUUGGAAAAACUGCAAUAAGUUUUAUUUUUUUUAUUUUUUUUUCAACAAGAAUAGCCAUUUUAGUUAGAACAUUUUCAACAAAAUUCAGUGGAGAUAGUAAUACCAAUAGCUCUGAAUACUGUAUGUCCAUGUGAAGGCGCUCAGCAAUAGUCCUGUCCACAAGACGGGGCGUUGCCUGAAAAGUUUGAGAAUCGCUAGAGUAGGUCAUGAUUUUGGAAGAUUUAAAUAUUUGAAACAAGUGACAUUUAAUUAUGAAAAAGUAAAAAUGUUUUAGCAUGCAUCAUUUUGAUAUAACAACAAUCAAUGUGUGGAUUGUAUUACAUUUCUUAAAGUAAAUGCAUGGUUUGAUGUUCUAUGUAAUUCAAUAAAGUUGGUAGCUAAAAAAA